AUGGCCAAGUUCUCCGGCGGGCAGGGCGCCGUUCCGUCCCGCCGGCGUAGGAAUUUCCGCUCCCAGAGCCCAGCCUGGGCGGGGUGGGUCGGGCCCUGGGCGGAGCCGCCGCUCUACCUGGGCGCACGUCACUGGCCAGCUUCCAUCAAGGCGCACCGUGGCUAUGGUGCAAAAGUGCUGAAGGUGACAGUGCAGCCCAUCAACCUCAUCUUCAGAUACUUGGAAAACAGAUCUCAGAUCCAGGUGUGGCUUUCUGAGCAAGUGAUUAUGUGGGUAGAGGGCUGUAUCAUUGAUUUUAAUGAGUAUAUAAACCUCGUACUAGAUGAUGCAGAAGAGAUUCAUUCAAAAACAAAGUCAAGGAAACAACUAGGUCAGAUCAUGCCAAAAAGAGAUAUUACUCUGUUCCAAAGUAUAUGGAACUAG